AUGGCGUCCGGACUUCAAUUCACAGAUCGAGCCACCAAGGCAUUGGGCGAUGCGCAUGAGCUGGCCACGCAAUACGCCCACUCACAGUUGCUUCCUCUUCACCUUGCAGUCUCCCUUUUCGAUCCUCCAGAGGACCUCUCAAAAGACCAGCAACAAUCAGUCAAUGCUUCCCAAGCAUCCGCGUCGGCACCACUUUUCCGUCAGGUCGUAGAACGCGCCCAUGGUGAUCCUCAGCUUUUUGAUCGAGCCGUAAAGAAAGCAUUAGUCAGAUUACCCAGCCAAGAUCCUCCACCGGAGACGGUCUCAGUUUCUCCCUCAUUCUCUAAAGUCUUGAGAUCCGCUGGUGAAUUACAAAAGACCCAAAAGGAUAGCUUCGUUGCGGUGGAUCAUCUUAUCACCGCUCUGGCACAAGACUCAGUCAUUCAAAAAUGCCUUUCAGAGGCCAACGUCCCAAACGUCAAGCUAAUCGAUCAAGCUAUUCAGCAAAUCCGCGGCACGAAGAGGGUGGAUUCGAAGACGGCUGACGCCGAGGAAGAAAAUGAAAACCUCAAGAAAUUUACAAUCGACAUGACCGCGAUGGCCCGAGAAGGAAAGAUUGAUCCGGUCAUUGGAAGAGAGGACGAGAUUCGACGAGUUAUACGAAUCUUGUCCCGUCGAACAAAAAACAACCCUGUUUUGAUUGGUGAUCCUGGCGUUGGUAAGACCACUGUCGUCGAAGGAUUAGCGUCCAGGAUCGUCAAUGCCGACGUGCCCGCCAACUUGGCGGCUUGCAGACUCUUGUCGCUUGAUGUUGGUUCUCUUGUUGCUGGCAGCAAAUAUCGAGGAGAAUUCGAAGAGCGCAUGAAAGGCGUCCUCAAAGAAAUUGAGGACUCCAAGGAUAUGAUUGUUCUCUUUGUCGACGAGAUACACUUGCUCAUGGGUGCUGGUGCGAGCGGAGAGGGUGGAAUGGAUGCUGCCAAUCUGCUGAAGCCCAUGCUCGCUCGUGGACAGCUGCAUUGCAUCGGUGCUACCACACUAGCUGAAUACCGCAAGUAUAUCGAGAAAGACCAGGCGUUCGAGCGUCGAUUCCAGCAAGUGCUGGUAAAGGAGCCAUCCAUCUCUGAGACCAUUUCAAUCCUCCGUGGGCUCAAAGAGAAGUAUGAGGUACAUCAUGGUGUCAAUAUUGCUGAUGGAGCUAUUGUGAGCGCUGCGACGCUUGCUGCUCGUUACCUUACUCAACGGCGCUUGCCCGAUUCUGCCGUUGAUCUCAUUGACGAGGCGGCGGCUGCAGUCAGAGUUACACGAGAAUCACAACCUGAAGCGCUUGAUAACUUGGAGAGAAGGUUGCGUCAGUUAGAGAUUGAAAUUCACGCGUUGGAUCGAGAGAAGGAUGAAGCGUCGCGCACUCGACUCCAAGAGGCGAAACAAGAAGCUGCCAAUGUAGCGGAGGAGCUCCGUCCUCUCCGAGAGAAGUAUGAGGCCGAGAAGCAAAGAAGCAAGGAUGUGCAAGAAGCGAAGAUCAAACUGGAUCAACUCAAGGUCAAGCAGGCCGAGGCUGAGCGCAUGAGGGAUCUUCAGACAGCCUCCGAUCUCAAAUACUACGCUAUUCCCGACGUUGAGCACCGUAUCGAACAACUCGAAGCUGAGAAGGCGCGGCAAGAUGCCGAAAUGUAUGCUCGUCGUGGAGCAGGGGACGAGCCGCUUUUGACCGAUGUCGUCGGACCUGACCAGAUCAACGAGAUUGUUGCACGCUGGACAGGAAUCCCUGUCACCAGGCUCAAGACGACCGAAAAGGACAAGCUCUUGCACAUGGAAAAGUAUCUGGGCAAGAUUGUUGUCGGUCAGAAGGAGGCCGUCACAUCCGUGGCUAAUGCCAUACGGCUACAACGUUCCGGCCUUGCGAACCCGAAUCAGCCGCCGAGCUUUCUCUUCUGCGGUCCAUCGGGAACCGGUAAAACUUUACUUACCAAGGCUCUUGCUGAGUUUCUCUUCGACGAUCCAAAGGCUAUGAUCCGAUUUGACAUGUCCGAAUAUCAGGAGCGUCACUCCCUUAGCAGGAUGAUUGGAGCACCGCCUGGUUACGUCGGACACGACGCUGGAGGCCAACUAACCGAAGCUCUCCGCCGUCGGCCAUUCUCCAUUCUGCUAUUCGAUGAGGUUGAAAAGGCCGCCAAGGAAGUUUUGACCGUUCUGCUUCAACUCAUGGACGAUGGCCGUAUCACUGAUGGACAAGGAAGGGUCGUCGACGCCAAGAACUCUAUCGUGGUCAUGACGUCUAAUCUCGGCGCCGAAUAUCUCUCUCGUCCUAAUGGUGCUGACGGAAAGAUUGAUCCAGCUACAAAGGAGCUGGUCCAGAACACUCUGCGGAAUUAUUUCCUCCCCGAAUUCUUGAACCGAAUUUCCAGUAUCGUCAUCUUCAACCGCCUCACCAAGCGUGAGAUUCGCAGUAUUGUUGAUGUGCGCCUCGAUGAAAUCCAGAGGAGGUUACAGUCGAAUGGUCGCAAUGUGCGCAUCGAGCUUACGCCCGAAGCAAAGGACUACCUUGGCUCUGCGGGUUACUCGCCUGCAUAUGGUGCCCGUCCGCUCUCACGACUUAUUGAAAAAGAAGUCCUCAACCGUCUCGCUGUUCUCAUACUGCGUGGCGGUAUCAAGGAUGGCGAGGUCGCUCAAGUCGUGUUGGAGGACGGCAAGCUGGAGGUGCUUCCGAACCAUAGCGACAGUGAACUUGAGGAAGAUGAUGAGAUGGUUGACGAUGACGAUGCCGUUGCAGAGCUUGAAGAUGCAGAGCCAGACAUGGAUCUCUAUGAAUAA